GCGAAGUGGCGCCCUCUGCGAGGAGCUGAAUAUACUAGGAGAACGUGGGAGGCAGAACGAAAGGGUCCGGCCUAGGACGCGGACGUUGACCAGAGCUUGUACCAUAACCUAUAUAAUAAAGACGAGUAUUCCUCAGACGCGUGGCUAUUCUUAUUACCCGACCACCCCGCUACAUUGGCGACGAGGAUAAAAACUUUGAUAAAAACACAUGGUGUUAUAGUGGCAAGGAAUACAGUGCAAUCGUUAAAUAGUAAAGUGUUACAAUAACGGAAGGCACAAAAGGUAGAGGUACAAGAUGCCGAAGUUUGGCAUGAACGACGACGAGACGAACAAAGGAGAAGAUCAUUUCCCGGAAAUAUGUGCGGCUACUACGCUUGUGAAUUUGGGAAAUACGACAGGUCAAUACUCGUGGCCAACUGCAACAGGUACAACAACAACUACUUCGCAGAGUUCUCGAAUUCAGUCGCCAGCACAACAUCAAAUAGUCCCAACGUCGUAUGGUACGUAUCUAAUAGACGGCCAAGAGUACAGUAAAACAUCUACGGGAUUUGUUCCUGUUUCAACGUAUAACGGCGGUAUAACUGAUGGACAAUCCAAUAUACCCUCGAACACACCACCGCCUACGAUCAUGCAAGUGCCUGUUGUAAAUUUUGCCGGUAAUAUCGGAAGGUUGGAAGAAUUUAAGAUUAAUUCAGAUUGGAAUAUUUAUCAUGAACGGUUAGAACAGUACUUUAACGCGAAUUUCGUGGAUGACGCAAGAAAAGUGUCAGUACUAAUUACGGCUAUAGGCCCAGAGGUUUAUAAAAUUUUAAGGAACUUAUGUGAUCCGCAGUUGCCUCAUGAUAAACCGUACACAGAAUUAUGUGAAAUACUGAGCAAACAAUUUUCCCCACGAAUCUCCAUCUUCCAGCAAAGAAAACGAUUCUACGAUCUUCAACAAAACAGCGGUGAAUCGAUAAGCCAAUGGUACGCACGUAUAAAAAAAGGCGCAGUGCAUUGUGACUUCGGCACGGAGCUCGAAGGAAGAAUCAAAGACAAGUUCGUCACCGGCAUGAAAGAAGGGAAAAUCCUCGACAGAAUCUGCGAAAGGUCACAUAAAGACGCCCUGAAGGACAUCUAUGAAACGGCCUUAGCAAAGGAAGCAUCGUUAGCGGUUUCGGCGAACAGCAACCAGUGCGAUGUAAACAAGUUAACGCAACACAACAGGGGGAGCAGUUCCAAGAAGAACGCGGGAGAAGCCGGACGAGGGGAACGAGGGAAACAGCAGUGCGCAACUUCACAGUCCCAGCCGAGAGAUGGCGCAGCGAGGCAGCAAGGCUCAUCAAAGCAGCAGAAGGCUUCAUGUAACCAUUGCGGCGGUGUUAACCACGUUUUUUCCAAAUGUAAAUAUAAGACUUAUAAAUGUAAUAAUUGUUCAAAAAAAGGACACAUAAGUAAAGUAUGUAAAGAACCAAAGAAUGGUGAGGUUAAGUAUCUUGAGGACGGUCCGGAUACCGAGACUAAUUAUAUAUCGUUGCAUAAUAUAGUAGACCGCGAGGACGCGAUUCCUCCUAUUCAGACAGACGUUUUUAUUGAAGGGAAACGGGUCGUUAUGGAAAUAGACUCAGGCGCGGGAGUAACGAUUAUACCAUUUGAGAUUUAUAAGAAAAAACAAUUAACCGCUAAAAUUGAGAAAUGCCAAAAAGUAAUUAAAACGUACGAUAAUAGACCAAUUAAGCCAAUAGGCCAAAUAGUGGUAGAUAUAAUAGCUAAUGACGUUACGGUAAGAGAUGCUAAAAUUAUUAUUAUAAAAGAAAAUAGACAAGUUAGCUUGAUGGGUAGAGACUUAAUGAAUAAGCUUAAUAUUUCGUUAGUAGGACCUCAAAGGCCAAUAGACGUUAAAAAAAUAGAUCUCAAUUCACCAGAUGACUUGAAAAAAUUAUUGAACAAGUACGCAGAUUUAUUCGAUGGUCAAUUAGGAAAAUUAAAAGGUGAUAAAGUUCAUCUAAAAUUGAGUAGUGAUGCGAAACCAGUUUUCCUUAAGCCUAAUUCAAUCCCAUUUGCUUUUAAAUCUCAAGUAGAGUCAGAUUUGAAAAGAUUGCAAGAUCAGGGAGUUAUUGAGAAAAUCGAUACAAAUGAUUGGGGUACUCCAUUAGUCCCGGUACUAAAAGAGGAUAAUACAGUUAGAACAUGCGCAAAUUAUAAAAAAACUAUUAAUCCUUGGCUUGUAGAUCAUAGAUAUCCCAUUCCGAGAAUUGAGGAAAUAUUUUCAGCUCUUAAAGGUGGGGAAGAGUUUACAAAAUUGGACCUAGAAUGGGCUUAUAAUCAAAUUGAAGUUGACGAAGAAACGUCUAGAAUAUUGGCUUGGUCUACUCAUAUGGGAGUAUUUAAGGUGAAGCGGUUAUCUUUUGGACCAAAAACAGCUUGCUCUAUAUUCCAAGAGAAAAUUGAAGGAGUAGUUAGAGAUUUACAGGGCUGUAAAAAUUACUUUGACGAUUUAAUAGUAACGGGUAAAGAUAGGAAAAAGCACCUUGAGAAUCUAGAAAAUGUAUUGAAAGCGCUGAAAGACCAUGGUCUAAAAUUAAGAAAGAACAAAUGUGAGUUUAUGAAACCAAGAGUUUUUUAUUUGGGGCACAUCAUUGAUAAGAAUGGGUUGAGUAAGAAUCCUGAAAACGUAAAAGCAAUCGUUGAGAUAAAACGGCCGACGAACGUUCAGGAGAUACAAGCUUUUGCAGGAAUGGUAAAUUAUUACAUGAAAUUCAUACCCAACUUAUCAACGAUGCUUAGCCCGAUAUACAAGUUGUUAAAAAAAGAUACGCCCUUCGUAUGGUCAAAAGAGUGUGAACAGUCGUUUAACGAGAUAAAAAGAGAACUAGCGGCUGAUAGGAAUCUAGUUCACUAUGAUCCAGAUCUAGAGGUCAAACUGACCUGUGAUGCUUCUAAUGUGGGAAUCGGAUCAGUACUAUCACACGUCUUGCCAAACAGGGAAGAGAAACCCAUUUGUUUUGCCUCGCGAACUUUAACGAAAUCUGAGAGAAAUUAUUCCGUAAUACAAAAAGAGGCGUUGGCCAUAUAUUGGAGCGUUAAGAAAUUUUAUCAAUAUUUAAUUGGCAGGCCAUUUAUUCUGGAAUCGGAUCAUAAACCCUUACUGGCAAUUUUUGGUGAGAAAAAUGGGCUUCCAUAAAUGGCUGCAGGACGUCUGCAGCGUUGGGCUCUCUUUUUAAGCGGGUUUAAUUAUAAAAUGAAAUAUGUCAAGGGUAAAAAUAAUGGGGGAGCCGAUGGGCUAUCUAGAUUACCCCUUCGGGUUGACGAUAAGGUCAAUGAACCCAACGAUGAAUAUAUUAAUUUUUUGAUAGAAGAAAAAUUGCCGGUUGAUUACAAACAAAUUGUAAAAGAAAUUAGAACAGAUGUAGUUCUGAGUAAGGUUUACGUGUAUUCUAAGAAUGGAUGGCCCGACCAAGUUGCGGAUGAGUUAAAACCCUUUAUGUAUAGAGCAAAUGAAAUAAGUAUAGAAAACAAUGUAUUGAUGUGGGGUUACAGGGUAUUAAUUCCAAAGAAAUUAAGAGAUAGGAUUUUAGACGAAUUACACUGUACACACAUGGGUGCUAAUAAAAUGAAAUCGAUUGCUAGACAAUACUUCUGGUGGCCAAAGCUGGACUCCGAUAUAGAACAAUAUUCAAAAAAUUGUGAUGUAUGUAAUACUCUAAUGAGCAACCCAAAAAAAGCCGAAUUAAUUAAGUACGAUCAAUGUAAAGAAGUUCUUGAGCGAGUACACGCUGAUUUUUUGGGACCAAUACAAGGGAAAAUGUACUUUAUUUUGACGGACGCUUACUCAAAAUGGCCCGAAGUAUACGUCAUGAGUUCAACUAAUUCAACAAACACUGUAAAUAAGCUAAGAGAUUUCUGUUCGAGAUUUGGAUUACCCAGAAAAAUCAUAACCGAUAAUGGUCCUCAACUUGUUUCGGAGGAAUUUGAAAGUUUUUGCAGAUCGAAUGGUAUAAAGCAUCCUUUGAUUGCUCCAUACCACCCUUCUUCGAACGGCGCUGCCGAAAACGCGGUAAGAUCUUUUAAAAACGGUUUUAAAAAAGCACUUCUUGAUCCAAAAAAUUCAAAGCUUAAUGAAGAAACGAUAAUCUCUCGAUAUCUCUUCGCUUAUCGCAAUUCACCUCACGCAUAUACUGGAGAAAGUCCUGCGAAAUUGAUGUUUGGUAGACAGUUGCGAAAUUGUUUUGAUCUCUUAAGAGAAAAUAAUACGAUUCAACAAAAUAAAGAAAGACAGAUGAGAAAUUAUAAGGGUAACCGUAGUGAGUAUUUUGACAUUGAUGAUAUUGUAUGGGUUCUUGAUUAUAGAUGUCCUACCAAAAAAGUUUGGACAAAAGCAAAAAUCAUUGAUUGUUUAGGCGAAAGAAACUAUAUAUGUAAAACUCUUAAUGAGGAAUUAUAUUGGAAAAGACAUCUAGAUCAAAUGCGUAGAGCGUCAAAUUUUGUUGAAAAUGAUAUUAUCAAUAUGAAUGAUCGGCCUAAUAAUUCAACAGAAAGUGUAACAAAUGAUAUUGUAACAUCGAGUGUCUCCUUUCCAUUAAAUGGAAAGCAUAAAGAUAGUGGAAUGAACAAUGAUAUAAUUAUACCAAAUAAUAUCGAGGAUAAACAAGUAAUCGAGAAGAGACACGAGAUGAGUAGUUCCGAAUUUAGGAGGGAGGAAAGUGUGAUACCUAGUAAAAUAGAAAAUAAUGUAAUAGACCGAGAUAAUGUUAGAGUGAAGGAGACAAAUGGUGAAAACAGUAUAGUCAAAACUACCAAUGAAAAAACUAAUAUCGAAACUGUCGGUAACGCUGGAAAUAAAUCCCAGAAACCACCGAUUACCUUAAAUGUAAACGAGCGGCCUAAACGUACUAUAAAACCACCUAAACGUUUAAAUUUAUAAUAAAUAAGAGGUACUAAAACUUAAGUGUUAACUAAGGGCGGAGGUAUGUAGCGAAGUGGCGCCCUCUGCGAGGAGCUGAAUAUACUAGGAGAACGUGGGGGGCAGAACGAAAGGGUCCGGCCUAGGACGCGGACGUUGACCAGAGCUUGUACCAUAACCUAUAUAAUAAAGACGAGUAUUCCUCAGACGCGUGGCUAUUCUUAUUACCCGACCACCCCGCUACACUAAUUAUUUAUGAAAAGUUCUAUACGAUUUGACUAAUGUUUUGAAGUUAAUGUAUAAUUUUUAUAUUUCAUGAACUCUUACUAUAUAUCAGAGCCUUUAAACAAUAUUUUUGAGAGACAUAUAAUGUCUCUUAUGUAUUUGUUUACAACUACAAUAAAUUUGAACAAAAUCUCAUUGUUUAAUUCUUUGUAAUAUGCAAAUUAGUACUGUUUCCAUAAGAGACCGUGUUAAUUGGCAUAUAAUACGACUGUUUAUAUCUUAUAGCUUAUAUACUCUGUAGCCUUCUAAAAAUGUAUAUAAGCAUUGCUGAGAUCUGUACCUGCCUGUAUACAAAAUUUCAAUAUUGUAUCUCAUUCUUAAUUCGUAUAACCUCCUUAUGAAAGAAUCAUAUAUUCUGUUUUGAAAAAUAUAUUUGUAAAAA